AUGACGUUCAGUGAAUGGGUCGAUCAUGUGCACAAUCAUGUUUGCAAGCAUCAGUUCUUAUAUUUCCGUGCAUCCAUUACUUUCCGUUCAAUGUCUUCUGUGAAGGAUUGUACAUGUGACAAGUUAAACUCUUUCAAAAGUCCAUGGUGUGAUGCUGACUGUUUUGUUGUAAUCACAGGUGCAAGUCGUGGAUUUGGUCGGGCGUUCGCUGUGGAGCUAGUAAAGUCAAUGUCAUCUGGGGAAGACCAUGCUGCUUCCUUAAAUGUUUUACUAAUGGCUCGUGAUGUUAAUGCUCUUCGUGUAACGGAGUCUGAGAUGUAUGCUUCAUUAUCAACUAAUUCUAAAAUGAAAUUAACUAUACUAGUAUCAACAUCAUCACUUGAUAUGUCCAAUGCUAAUAAAGAUAAUUUAUUAAAUGAUUUAAAACCAUUAUUUCAAUUAAAUUCAUUAUAUCCUAUUCAAUCUAAUAUAAAAUGUCAAUGGAAUAUGCUUGUACAUAAUGCAGCUACAUUAGGUAAUAUCAAGUCGAAAUCAUAUGAAUGUUAUAAUAUUGAUAUAUUAGAUACAUAUUAUCAUACUAAUUUAACUGCACCUAUCUUAUUAACAAAUUUAUUUAUAGAAUAUUUUAUCACUAAUCAUCAACCUAUUACUAUAGUGAAUAUAUCUAGUUUAACAGCUAUUCAACCAUUUCCAUAUAUGUCAGAUUAUUGUAUUGGUAAAUCAGCUAGAGAAAUGUAUUUUAAAUGUUUAUCUAUAGAUAAUCCAUCAUUAGCUAUAUUAAAUUAUUCUCCAGGACCAUUAAAUACAAAUAUGUUAACAGAAAUCAUAGAAAAUCAUGGUCAUAUAGAUACACGUAUUCAAUUUAAUAAUAUGAAAUUAAAUCAUCAAAUUAUUGAACCAAAUGAAUCAGCUCGUGUAUGUAUUGGAUGGCUUAAAAAACAAAUACCAAUAGAUCCAUCUAAUAUAAAUUCUAUACCGAAAUUAAAACAUUGUUUAAUACAUGAUAAAGAGUAUACAAAUUUAUGGUUAGGUAUACACUUAGAUUAUUU